GGAGGAAGAGGAGGAAGAAGGCGAUGGGGAGGAGGAGGAAGAAGCGAUGGGAAAGGGAGGAAGAGGGAGAUCGGGAGGAGGAGGUGGAAGAAGAAGAAUGGGAGGAGGAGCAUGAAGAGGACGAUCGGGAGAACGAGGAGGAAGAAGCGAUGAGAAACGGAAGAAGAGGGCGAUCGGGAGGAGGAUGUGGAAGAACAAGCAAUGGAGAGGAGCUGGAAGAAGCCAGGGGAGGAGGAAGAAGCGAUGGGGAGGAGGAGGAAGAAGCGAUGGGAAGAAGGAGGAAGAAGCGAUCGGGAGGAGGAGGAAGAAGCAACGAGGAGGCGGAGGAAGAAACGAUGGGGAGGAUGAGGAGGUGGAAGAUGAAGAUCAGGAGGAGGAGGACAAAGAGGAUGAUCGGGAGGAGGAGGAGGGAAAAGCAAUGGGAAACGGAGGAAGAGGGAGAUUGGGAGGAGGAGGUGAAAGAUAAAGAUCGGGAGGAGGAGGACGUAGAGAAAGAUCGGGAGGAGGAGGAGGAAGAAGUGAUGGGGAGGAGGAGGAAGAAGAGAUGGGGAGGAGGAGGAAGAAGCGACGGGGAGGAGGAGGAAGAAGCGUCGGGGAAUAGGAGGAGGAGGUGGAAGAUAAAGAUCGGUACGAGGAGGACGAAGAGGACGAUCGGGAGGAGAAGAAGGAAGAAGCGAUGGGAAACGGGGGAAGAGGGAGAUCGGGAGGAGGAGGUGGAAGAUAAAGAUCGGGAGGAGGAGGACAAAGAGAAAGAUCGGGAGGAGGAGGAGGAAGAAGCGAUGGGGAGGAGGAAGAAGAAGCGAUGGGGAGGAGGAGGAAGAAGCGAUAGGGAGGAGGAAGAAGAAGCGAUGGGAAGGAGGAGGAAGAACCGAUGGGGAGGAAGAUGAAGAAGCGAUGGGGAGGGGGAGGAAGAAGCAAUGGGGAGGAGGAGGAAGAAGCGAUGGGGAGGAGGAGGAAGAAGCGAU